AUGAGUCAGAUAGAAAAUAUGGAAGUCGACGUUCCAGUUAAUACUUUCUCUACAGGUGACAAGAAGAAGAAGUUUGAAAUCAAGAAAUGGACUGCGGUGGCAUUCUGGUCCUGGGAUAUAGCAGUUGAUAAUUGCGCAAUUUGCAGGAAUCAUAUCAUGGAACCAUGCAUUGAAUGCCAGCCAAUGGCUAUGACUGAGACUGACAACGAGUGUGUUGUAGCUUGGGCUGCUUGUAACCACGCUUUCCACUUACAUUGCAUAAAUAAAUGGAUUAAGACCAGAGAUGCAUGUCCACUAGAUAAUCAACCUUGGCAAUUGGCUAGAUGCGGGAGGUAA